AUGGCGGAACAAGGCCUCUUUUCGUCCGACCUCAUCUCUCCUACUGUCGCGGCUGCUCUUCCAGAAGGCUACACCGCUCGCUCGCUACGAUUGUCCGACUAUGAAGCCGGUUUCCUCGAUUGCCUACGUGUUUUAACGACCGUUGGUGAGAUUAGCAAAGAGCAAUUUGCCGAGAGAUACAAUUGGAUGUCAUCGCAAGAAACAUCUUAUGUACUUGUCAUUGAAGACACGGCAACGGGAAAGAUCGUAGGAACUGGAGCCCUGCUCGUAGAGAGGAAAUUCAUCCAUAAUCUUGGCCUAGUCGGUCACAUCGAAGAUAUCGCCGUCGCGAAAGAUCAACAAGGCAAGAAACUCGGUCUCCGCCUUAUCCAAGCCCUCGAUUUCAUUGCCGAGAAGGUCGGCUGCUACAAGACAAUCCUCGACUGCAGCGAAGCGAACGAAGGGUUCUACGUAAAAUGUGGAUUCCGAAGAGCUGGGCUUGAAAUGGCCCAUUACUAUAAUAGCGAUAAAAGUAAGGCCCAGUGA